GCGGCCAGAGCGAGGACUCCGCAACCCGGGGCCAUCUGCUGACCUAGGGGGUCAUGGGCACCUCUGAGGCUGCACCGCCGCCGUUCGCGCGCGUCGCCCCCGCGCUCUUCAUCGGGAACGCGCGAGCCGCGAGUGCGACGGAGCUGCUGGUACGCGCCGGCAUCACUCUGUGCGUCAACGUCUCCCGCCAGCAGCCCGGGCCGCGCGCACCCGGAGUGGCCGAGCUGCGCGUACCCGUGUUCGAUGACCCUGCUGAAGACCUGCUGACGCACCUGGAGCCCACCUGUGCCGCCAUAGAGGCUGCGGUGCGCGACGGCGGCGCCUGCCUGGUGUACUGCAAGAACGGCCGCAGCCGCUCAGCAGCCGUCUGCACCGCCUAUCUCAUGCGGCACCGCGGCCACAGCCUGGAGCGCGCCUUCCAGAUGGUCAAGAGCGCUCGCCCGGUAGCCGAGCCCAAUCUGGGUUUCUGGGCCCAGCUGCAGAAGUAUGAACAGACGCUCCAGGCCCAGGCCCUCCUACCCGGGGACCCAGCUGAUCCCGAGUAAGCCGCUCCGCACCGCACCGUUCAACUGCUGGGGUGGCCUUCGCUCUUUUCAAUAGGCCACUGGCCUCCGGUGUUGCCCCCUCUUGAUGGCAGCAUAGAAGUGUCUGCAGAAGAGGGGAACUUCGUUUGUUCAUCAGGUUUGGAUCAAAUCCAAACCAGCGAAGUUUACGUAGAGAAAAUUACAUAAAGGAUUGUUUUAAGCGUCUGGGGCGCCUACUAAGCUGCCUCCUCCAAGGUUUGCAGGCAGAACCUCUUCGUGACUCUGGACUUCUUUCUGGUCUCUUCUUAGACCUGAGCUUAGAGUCUUCCAGCAGGAGGUCCUGAGCCCACCAUCCCCAGUCUUACAGCUGCUACGCCAUGGGAGGGAGGCAUCUGCCCACCGCCCACCACCCUCUUGCAUCAAUGCCAGCGCCUGGCCUGGCAUCGUCAAGCUACCAGUGUGCCCUGCGUACCACCCUCCCCAGCAGGCAGGCAGGCCCAUCAGUCGCCACCGUGUGUUGCUGCUGCUUCUUCUAGUUUAGACACAGCCUCUCACAGACACCCUGUUUCCUCGAGCGCCCUGGAAAUCUAGUCACAACUUAAAGUAGUGAGGGAAGAGCAAAGAAACACCUGGGCUAUGUGUGUGAAUUGCAGAUGUGUUAAUUUGCAAACAAAUGUGAAUCAGUGAAUAAAAUCCUAGAGUGGG